UCGUCACGGGAGGCUGUUCUUCAGCCAGGAUGAGCUGUAGAGACAGCAGAGAGGCUUUCGGGCAGUUUCACGCUCGACUAGGAGCCUCCACUGUCAUCUACAUUUGAACCCAGACCCAGACCCAGACCCACACUCCAACACAGACAGGGAAAAGGACUUUCUUCCAUCAAAGCGUCUCUAUGGAUUAUAAGCACGGAUUUCUGUUUCGGGACACUCUCUCAUGGAACAGAGCACCCCACAAAUCAUAAUGAUUAAUUAAUAAAGAAAGGAAAUGAAGAGAAGGACAGCACACCCUGUAGGUUACAACGCCCAGUCGCUGGAGCAGGUCCAGGGAGGACCGCCCAUCUAACCCUCCAGUCUCUGAUUGCCCAAGGACCACCCGCCUGAUCAACGUCAAGCCCCCACGCCAACAUGGUUCCGCCCCCACCCUCUAAUAAGCCUCACGUGUGCCUGUCCACUAUCCUUAUCAUGGGCAGCAUGGCACUGAUGGAUGCCUACCUGGUGGAGCAGAACCAAGGACCACGCAAGAUCGGUGUAUGCAUCAUGGUGACAGUGGGCGACAUCUGCUUCCUCAUCGUCCUGCGCUAUGUGGCGGUGUGGGUGGGUGCCGAGGUACGCACAGCCAAGCGUGGCUAUGCCAUGAUCCUCUGGUUCCUCUAUAUCUUUGUGUUGGAGAUCAAGGUCUACUUCAUCUACCAGAACUAUAAGGCUGAUCGCAAGAGCCUGGACACCAUCGCCCGCAAAGCCCUCACUCUCCUGCUGUCCGUCUCGGUGCCAGUGCUCUACAUCAUCCUGGUGGGCAUCGACCACAUGGAAUACGUUCGUGCUUUCAAGAAAAAGGAGGAGAUCCGCAACCGGCUAUUCUGGGUGGUGGUGGACCUCCUGGACAUUCUGGACAUUCAGGCUAACCUUUGGGAGCCACAGAAGAAAGGACUCCCAUUGUGGACUGAGGGACUGAUGUUCUUCUACUGCUACAUCCUGCUGCUGAUCCUGCCCUGCGUGUCCCUGAGUGAGAUCAGCAUGCAGGGCAUCAACAUCGUUCCCCACAAGAUGAUGUUGUACCCCAUCCUCAGCCUGGUCACCAUCAACAUCAUCACCCUCUUAAUAAGAGGUGGCAACUUGAUCUUCUACAAGGACAUGAGGGUUUCUGGAAUUCUGAUGGGAAAGAACCUUAUAGCUAUUGUCUUAAAGACUUGCAGUUUUGUGCAAUACAAGUCCCAUAUGCAAAACGUGCCCUCUGCUCUUGGCGUAGAACUCCAGAAGAACACCACUCCCCAUUCGCAGCCAAUGCCCGCCCCACCGCAGGUGCUUAUUCAGGACCUGACAUCCCUGCCUGAGGUGACUGUGUGUGAUCACACAUGACACAUAAUACAUAGUGACAGACAGAAUGGCCUCCCAGACUGCAAAUCUUCGCAGAUCAAGGCUAUUCACCGAAGGUGAAGAAGACUAUGUAUUUUUUUUUUUUUUAGAAAAUCAAACAGGUAUAAAAAAUGUCUAUUUUUAUAUAUUGUGUAAAUUUUAACUAACAAUACAUGUGGUUCAUGACGUUAGGCACAAAAAAAGAAUGAGGUUAAAUGUAGUGAGUUAGCUUUUCCUGAUUGUUUUGUGUCAUUAAAAUUCAGGGUAAUUAUUAUUACAAAUGAAAGAGUUCAGUUCAUUAAAAUGCAGUGAGUUAAUUGUUUCUAAAUGGCAUGCUGUAUUUUAUAUAUAAUUCUUUCACACACACAAACACACACACAUAUAUAUAUAUAUUUCUCCAAUUUUUUGUGCAUACCAAAAAUUAUAGAGAGAUUCUUUUUUUGACAGUUUUACAAUCCAGGCAACUUGGAAUUCCAAACACAGUUUUUAUAUCAUACUGUAGCAAAACAGCAGCAGAAGACUGAUUUGUUCUGAUUGAAUGUCAGUCCAGAAGCUGCAUAAUUAUUAAUGUAGACCAUCUAUGAGCCAAUUUGUCUCAAGUACUCACUUUUGACAGCACAUCCACUUUUGUUUAUUUGUAAGUUUAUUAAUCUGGGAAAAAAAAGCAGAACCUUUCAUGGUUUUUGCAAUGAUCACACUUCGUCAUUAUGAAUUCCCAAUUGCACAGACCUGUUGAGUGUAAAAAAUGACAAUGUUGCACCUUAAAUUUAAAUAAAAUGAAUGAUGUAAAUACAGGAGCAGCAACAGACACUGAGGGAUAGCAGCCUGAACUGUUGUAACAUUAAAGGGUCACUUUAAAGCAA